UACAGCACACGUCUCUGUAUCCCUGCCUCCACCCCUCCUUCAAGCUUUAUUCUCUUCCCUUGCCGCCCCCCUGCUCCCUCCCUUUCCUGCCGGCCUCUCAGCAGAGGAUGUGUGUCUGGGCGAGAGAGAGAGAGAGAGGGUGUGUGUGUGUGUGUGAGGGGGAAGAGGAAAGCAGUCAGUAGAAUGGAUGUGUGCCCUCUCUCCUCCUCCUCGUCUCCUUUGUGUCCCUCUGCCAGCGUUGGACCCUCAGUGCCGGCCUCGGAGCGAAGGAGCGUCGUCAGGCAGACGGGCCGCGGAAAACCCCAAUCCAAUGUCUGCCGGGGAUCAGAAGAGUGGAGGGGACAAACCAGAAGACGCGCUGCCGGUGGCUACGGUGUGGCCGGAGGUGGCGAGGGCCGAGUGUCUGGCCCGCGGCGCCGCCCUGAAGUGGGCGUCGGGUGUUUUCUGUCGGCCUGAGCACCUGGAGCGACUGAGCCAAUACAGGAAGAGGGAGAGUCAGAGGACUUCCUCCAUACACACCCGACUCAAGGUGACCUCACAGACACACACCAACACAUACGCAUCACGACACAACGUGACCUCAGGUUAUGAAAUGAUUUGGGAAGUGUGGCAGCUGUGCACGUUAGAAGACCUCGCUGUAGUCACAGCAGCCGCUGUGCUGCCGAUGCUGCUUUCCUUCCAGUCCAUGAUCCAGUCGUACCUGGAGGGGGUGGGCUGGGGUCUGGAGCAGCUCCGGGAGGCCAGGUUGGAGCUGAGGGAGGUGUCGCACGCUGUGAAGAAAGCGGGGCUGGAGUCCAGUCGGAACGCAGAGGGGGUGAAGUCCCUGGAGAGGCUGAGAGAAGUGUCGGUCAGCCAUCGUCAGCUCCUCGCUGCUGUCAGCAACCUGCCGCGCCUCUACUCUGUGCGUAGCAUGGUGUUGGAGACCGAGCGCCUGGUGGAGUCCCGGCGGCUCCUGGAGGCCCACGCCCGUCUUAUGGAUCUGGAGUGCUGGCAGGACGACAUCCUCUGGCAGCUCCACGGGGCUGCUGGGACGGCAGGAAGUGCGCUCAGUGCAGAGGACCAGGAGCUCGUGGCCAAAUACUUCUCUGGUGUCGGGCAGCUGGUGGACGCCCUGGGUAAGGAGCUGUGGGCGGUGGUGAGCAGCGCUCUGGCCCUGGCCCAACAGAACCCCACGCCGUUCGUAUCAGCGGUGAGGAUCGUGGAGCGGGAGGAGGCCCUGGACCGAGCCCUACUGGAGGAGCGAGGGAGGACCAGAGGCACCAGCAGGCCCCUGCCCCCGGGACGACCUCGCUGCUGGAGAGCAUGCUUCUUCCAGGUACUCGAUGAGGCGGUCUCAGCGCGGUUCCGCAGCGUUUCCUACCUGCACACGCGCGGCCCGGGUCUAGCAGGCCACCUCUCUGCUCUGCAGCACGGCAUCAUGGCUGACCUGGCCACGGUGCGCCACCUGCUGGAGCAUUGCGUCCCACCGCACUACCGGCUGACGGGGGCCUACCUGAGGGCCGGCCACCGCUGUCUACACGCUCACCUGGCACAGGUUAGCAGCUGGGACCUGGAGAGUGGGGAAAUCUUUGCUGUGCUCAACUGGGUGCUCCACAUCUACAACAGCCCAGACAUGAUGGGUCAUCCAGAGCUGGUGGCCGAGAUGGAGAAAGUGGAGCUCGGGCCUCUCAUCUCCACCGAGGGACUGGAGCAGCUGCAGAACAAAUACGUGCAGAGUGUUCGGAAGAGUGUCUCUGAGUGGAUGCACAAAGCUCUACAAGUGGAGCUGCAAGACUGGCAGAGAGACCAGGAACCAGAUACAGACCAUGAAGGUUUCUACCAGACCAGCCUGCCCACUAUCAUUACACAGAUGCUGGAGGAGAACGCGCGGGUGGCUCGGAUGAUCGGAGAGUCUCUGCGAGAUCAGACGAUACAGAUGGGACUGUAUGAGAUGGAGAACCUCCUAAACAGGUUUCGAGAAGCUCUGGUGGAAUUUGGGAAGGAGCAUCGCAGGAAUCCGAGCAACAUCAAAAACAAGUUCUACCUCCACUAUCUGCUGGCCUCCAUCAGCAACUGCAUCAUCCUGAAGAAGUCCACAGAGAGUCUGCAGAAGCAGCAGUCGUCCCGCUCGGCAGGACAGUUCUCUCGGACUCCUCCAGACCCCCUGGCAGCUCUGGACCGGGCUGUGAGACGGGCGUGUCGCCUGGUGAUGGAUCAGCUCCUGCAGGACCUCCAGCCCUUCCUCUCGGGCCUGCUGACCCGAGCCUGGCUGGUCCAGGGAGACCCCACCCCCAAACUCUGCCACGUCCUGGAGCGCCACCUGGAGCUGCACGGCCGCGUUCGACCCCCCUGCAGACAGCGUCUGCAGGAGGAGGCCCAGUGGCUGACGGUGGUGGAGUACGUCAGGGCUCUGAUGCAGAAGAGGCUGGUGUGUCGCAACGCCGAGGAGAGAAGGCAGCUCGCCCAGCAGAUGGUUCAGGACGACCAGCGGUUCAGAGAAAUCCUCCACGGGCUGGAGGGGGAAGGCUCGGUACCUGAAGUGAAUCCUCUGUCCUUACUGUCCGUCCUUGCUGACUUCCUCCGACUGAAAGACCCCGGCAUGCUCACUCUGGAGGUUUCUGGACUCGCAGCCAAAUACCCCGACAUCGGUGAAGAGCAUGUGUCUGUGCUGCUGGACAUCCGUGGUGAUGUCUCCAGGGACAUCAGAGGGGCCGUGCUGGACUUGCUGGAGCAGAGCGCCCCCCCUCUGCCUGCGGGGUACCGGCCCAUCUUCACCGACAUCCUGGUGCCCCCCUCCACCAUGGCCUUCUGUCUGCCCACCGCCAAGUGUGCGUGACGGCGACGGAAAACGCAGCUUACACGCAUCGUUCAUAACACAAUAGCAACUAUUGGAGAUAUUUAAUCAGGACCUUGUGACACCUUUCUAACUCCUGACCAAUAGAAAAACCCACUGACUGCCAUAGAACAGCGAAAUCCUCGUGCAGCAUGUGAGAUAUUCACGGUCUACUUUUAGAUCUUCUCUGAAUGAUCUUCCUGGGAAGCCAGAGCACUCCAGCAGAAGGCUGGUUUUCAGUGAGGGCUCCUGGACUGGAAAGCAUCCGACCUGAAGACCUUGGGCUGAUAAUUCAUUACUUUAAUAACCCUUAAAAUCUAUUAUUCGGGAACUUGUUUUCAUGCAUUAUUUCUUGUCAGAUUUCAACUUCAAAAAAUAUUUUUUUAUUGUAUUUAUGUAUUUUCUGCCACUUCCUUUUGAAUAGCGUUUCCUGUUAUUUCAAAGGAUAUUUAUUUUUGUUCUGGUUCAAUGCCGACGCACAUUGUAAACACAUGCUUAUUG